AUGACUAGAUUUCAUUUGCCCAAGGGCAAUAGUGGCCAGAAGGCGACGCCUAUUACUUCCAUCGAUACUCUUAUCAUCGGCACUGGGCCAGCGGGAGCAUCUUUAGCAUGCUUUCUAGCCUACUAUGGAAUUCGUGGAAUAAUGAUCAGUGCGUGCCCUACAACCGCGGAUACUCCACGGGCUCAUAUCACAAACAUGGCAGCAAUGGAAUGUCUCCGUGAUAUUGGCCUCGACAAGGAAUGCGAACGUCUUGCGACGAACGGCAUGAAUAUGAUGCACACUCGAUGGGCUUACAGUAUGGCUGGCGAGGAAUAUGCACGCAUUCAUUCAUGGGGACAUGACCCAAAGCGAAAGGGAGACUACGAAACCGCAAGUCCCUGUGAUCCGGUCGACCUCCCACAAACCAUUCUCGAGCCUAUACUUGUUCGAAACGCAACGCUCAACGGUUUCACCUGUCGAUUCGAUACACAAUUUGUGAGCUUCACACAGGACGAAGAGGGUGUCACAUCCACACUCAAAGAUUGCAUUACUGGGGCUCUAUACCAAGUCCGCUCCAAGUAUCUGUUCGGGGCAGACGGCGCCAGAAGUGAGGUCUUCCGACAAGCAGAGCUUCCUUUGGAUGUGCGGCCAGAUCAAGGACUUGCAUUUAACGUGCACUUGAAGGCAGACCUAUCUAGCUAUAUGCGAUACCGCACUGGAAAUCUGCAUUGGCUUUUACAGCCAGACAAGGAGCAUCCUUUGUUUGGUUGGGCUUGUAUUGCCCGAAUGGUGAAGCCUUGGGAUGAGUGGUUGUUUAUUGUUCUCCCGGAGCGCGGAAAGGAGAUGGACUGCAAUCCAUCCAACAAGGAGUGGGAAACCCGGAUGAAGGAAUUCAUUGGGGAUGAUUCUAUUCCCACCGAGAUCAUCGGUGUUUCCAAGUGGCGCAUUAACGAUGUUGUUGCAGAAAAGUUCUCUAGAGACAGAGUGUUCUGUCUUGGAGAUGCAGUUCAUCGACACCCACCUUCCAAUGGACUAGGCUCUAAUACCUGCAUUCAAGAUGCGUACAACUUGGCUUGGAAAGUUGCACAUGUUCUACAAGGACACGCAUCACCUUCUCUACUUGAAACAUAUUCAUUCGAGCGCCAGCCAGUUGGCAGGGGCGUUGUCACCCGCGCAAAUCAGUCGUUCCGUCACCAUGGUCCAGUCUGGGAAGCACUGGGAGUAGCACUUCCAACUCCAGCGCUGCGAACAGAAGCUCUCCACGAGCUGACGCUUGCAACUGAAAAGGGUCGCGCUCGCCGUAGUAGGCUUCAGGCAGCAAUCGAAGAGACAGAGCACGAGUACCAUGCCCUUGGCACAGAGAUGGGCCAGUAUUAUCAGAGCACUGCGGCAUACUCCGCAGACGAGAAAGAGUCAUUCUACAGCCCAGAGGUGGCGGCUCAAGAUCCUGAUCUCGUUCUCACCCGAAGUACAUAUCCAGGAUGUCGUCUUCCUCACGUCUGGCUCAAUGAUGCCAUUCCCGUGCAACGUGUCUCGAGCAUUGAUCUGGCUGGGCACGGAUAUUUCACCAUUCUUACGGGCAUUGGAGGAGAGGCUUGGAAAAGUGCAGCUUCUGAAGUUGGGGCUAGCCUUGGCAUGAAUAUCAAGGCCUAUUCCAUUGGUUUCCGUCAAGACUAUGAAGAUGUUUACUUUGACUGGGCGCGUGUUCGGGGUGUUGAUGAAACUGGGUGUGUUCUGGUGCGACCGGAUCGCGUUGUGGCUUGGAGAUGUUAUGAUGUAUUAGACGAUGAGGCCCAGUGUGCUUCCAAACUGCGAGACGUCCUGCUUAGCGUUCUGGGUCGGCAAGCAUAG